GCGGACAAAGCGGCGGGAGCCGCGGGGCGCGGCGAUGGCCGCGGCCGGGCAGGAGGAGUACGCGUACCUCUACAAGGACUCCGCGCACCCCGCCGGCUUCUUGGAGGCGUUCCGGGACUUCUACCUGCACGGGCUGUUCACCGACAUCACCCUGCAGUGCGCUUCGGGGGUCAUCUUCCACUGCCACAGAGCUGCCCUGGCAGCCUGCAGCAGUUAUUUUAAAGCCAUGUUCACAACCGAUAUGAAAGAAAAAUCCAAAAACCAGAUCAGCCUUCCCGAGCUCAGCCAUGCAGUACUGGAAGCUCUCGUGAAUUACGCAUACACAUCACAGAUCCAGAUAACAAAGAGGAAUGUUCAAAGCCUACUCCAGGCUGCAGACCUGCUCCAGUUCGUGUCAGUAAAGAAAGCCUGUGAGCAGUUUCUGGUAAGACACUUAGAUACUGACAACUGCAUUGGGAUGCACUCCUUUGCUGAAUAUCAUGAUUGCUCGGAGCUGGAGAAAGAGUCCAGAAGGAUACUGUUAUGGCAGUUUGAAGAAGUAUGGAAGCAGGAAGAGUUUCUGGACAUUGGCAAGGAGAAGCUCUCUUAUAUUCUCUCCAGGGAGAAUCUCAAUGUUCAGAAAGAAGAGGCAGCCAUUGAAGCUGUCAUUAAGUGGGUGGCACACAACGUGGAAGGAAGAAUUGAAGACAUCUGUGAAGUGCUGAGCUGCAUCAAAUUAGACUUAGAUAUUGUGUAUUUGAGGUCAGCUUUAAGCCUGCAAAAAAAAUGCCGACUCAAUGACAGUAAGAUAAGGUCACUCAUAUAUAAUGCCCUGAACCUCAAUCCCAAAGGUCUUUCCAGAAGAUCCACAGCAGCCAUGUAUGUAAUUGGAGGCUAUUAUUGGCAUCCCUUAUCUGAAGUUCACGUUUGGGAUCCUUUAACCGACGCAUGGGUCCAGGGAACAGAGAUGCCAGAUCACACCAGAGAGAGCUAUGGGGUGACUAGUUUGGGACCAGACAUAUAUGUGACAGGAGGUUACAGAACAGAGAGUAUUGAAGCUCUUGACACCGUGUGGAUAUAUAACAGCGAGAGAGAUGAAUGGACAGAAGGCAGCCCCAUGCUCGACGCCAGGUAUUACCACUGCGCUGUUUCCUUGAGUGGCUGCAUUUAUGCAUUGGGAGGGUACCGAAAGGGAGCUCCAGUCCAAGAAGCUGAGUUUUAUGAUCCUUUAAUACAGAAAUGGCUUCCCAUUGCAAACAUGAUCAAAGGAGUUGGAAAUGCCACUGCCUGUGUCCUGCAUGAAGUCAUCUAUGUCGCUGGAGGUCACUAUGGGUACAGGGGAAGCUGCACCUACGAUAAAAUCCAGAGAUACCAUUCAGGUAGCAAUGAGUGGAGUAUAGUCACCACAAGUCCACAUCCAGAAUAUGGAUUGUGUUCAAUUACAUUACAAAACAAGAUCUAUUUUGUGGGUGGACAGACCACGAUCACUGACUGCUAUGACCCAGAGCAAAAUGAGUGGAAGCAGAUGGCUCACAUGAUGGAGAGAAGGAUGGAGUGUGGCACGGUGGUUAUGAACGGAUGCAUCUAUGUAACAGGAGGAUAUUCCUAUUCAAAAGGAACAUACCUGCAGAGCAUUGAGAAAUACGACCCUGAACUGAACAAAUGGGAAGCAGUAGGUAAUCUUCCCAGUGCUAUGCGGUCACAUGGCUGUGUCUGUGUGUAUAAUGUAUAAGCAUUUCAUUUACAUCUUGCUGUUACAGAAAGCAGCAGAUGCACUAUUCAAAACAGUACUGAUUACCUCAUGAGGGGUUGUCUAAUACAAUCACUUAGUGCACGUUGUUAAUAACUAGAUAUAAUUUGUUCUCACUUGAAACAACUCAGAAGCAUAAAUGUGGUAACAAGAUUUCCAUAUAUUUUUCAGUCCAAUCAUUCUUUGUCAUGGAAGUUCUCAAACUGCUCUCUUAUAAUACUUUGUACAGCAACAUAGGAACUACUGUGAAAAAUGGAUUUGUUUUUGUUAAUCACUGGAUGAAACUAUGACUUGGUGCUAAGAUGAGAAAAGCCAAACAAAAUACAGUUCUAAGGACUACUGACCUUAAGAUGAAAUUUUUGUAUUCUGAAGGUAGCUGUAGAAAUGGAUCAUUGACACAAGCUAUGUGUAUGGUAUAUGCAGAGCAAUAUCACUGGGAUAACUAGGUUAUCAGAUUCAGAAAUGGGCAUUUACAGGAUGCCUCUACCUUCAAGUGCCAGAGCAAAGAAGAGCUUAGGCUAGGAAUGAGGGAAGAAAUGUUGGUAGUAGCCCCAGAGCACAGGCAAAAAGCAUGCUCUAGUUUUCCAGAAGGAGAAGUAAAAGGGCAUUUCUCUCUGCCAUUCUCACACUCUCUUUGACAUUGCCAACGACAAAUUAAAAAAUACUCUGCAAGGCUUUGCAAUGGGAUCUUUGGCUGAUGCACAGGUAUUUGUAGUUUGGGUGUUUUCGUGGGGGGAGGGCUGUUCAGAGAAAAGCCUUAAUGUGUUAACUCUUUUUUAAUAUCAAUUCAAGAUGUGUGCCUGUGUGGAAUGGAAGGAGGAAAUGAGAGAGACUGGAAAAUUAACAUCUGCCUGAGCUUCAAACUUCUCUAUUUUGUUUACUACCAUUUUAUCUUUCUUAAACUGUAUCUUGAGCGAAGGUAACAACUUAAGAAACUUGUCAAAGUGUGUUAUGCAUGAAGAAAAACAUGAUCUAUGGGAUUGAUUUAUUUAUUAUUUCUCUCAAAACUUAAUAUGAGAUUUUCAAAUUAUGUGUAGAAAGUAGAUUUUUGUAAAGUGAUUUACAGACAAACAGAUCACACUCUGUGGCUUGACAGUGGUGAUCCAAAUGAAGAAGGCUCUUUUAGCACUGAUCCCCUAGUCCAGUUUAUAAAAUGAAUGCAGAAACAGCUGUUGGACAUUGCUGUGAGAGGCGAGGACAACACAGGGCUGCCAUAGGGUGUGGUGGGAAUUUCCAACACCAGCACUGCUAUCUAAAAAGAAAUGUAGGUUUUAUUGGAUUUCUCACAGGACUUUUCCAAGCAGUAAGCUCUGAGUUUAUAAUAUUUCUUUUGCUUGAUCAUAAGCAUGUUUAGCUUUUUCUAAAAAUUCUUUCACAUUUUUAUGCUGUUUCUGACUUGCAUUUGACUGCUGGUAGCAGGUGGCACUCACCUCUGGCUUUGAUGUGAAGUUCUGUGGUGUAUAUGUACAGUUAUUUUUCUGAUAUUUUCAUAUGUUGCCCCACUAUGUCAGAAGCUUGUGUUCAGUGUUUUGCUUUGUUACCCAUCUCACUGAGAACUAUUUAGGGAUCAGAAGUAACUUGUUUAAAGGCUCUAAAGAGGGGUGGAGAAUUGAACUGCAAGGCUCUAUAAAAUGUGUGGGCCAAGCAGAUGAGCAAGAGAUAAAAUGAAUUUGUUUUUCCUGGAAAUCUCCACAGAUGACAGUUGUUCAAGUGUGAGUGGAGAUUGAAAGGAUAACAUCAAGAGAAUGUGAAGGUGAUCUUUGUAUUGAAUGAAACCACAUUGAACUCAACAUGUUUAUGUAAUUUUUCAGUGCAAAUUAUGUACCUGUGAAGCUUCAUGUUUGUUGAAAACAGCUGCUUGUGGCUGGCCUUGAGGUUCAUUCUGGCCUGUAUCCUGUCACCAACAAUCAUGAGUCAGUGAA